ACCGAAAGAUGGCUACCUCCGGUGUUGGCACAGUUUUAUUUCAGAAAGGACAGACAGGGUCUGGUAGUGACAAUGAAUUAUGGGAUGACACAGCACUCAUAAAGGCCUAUGAUAAUGCAGUUAAGUUAAUGAAGUCAAAAAUCAAAACUGAAAAUGGCAAAGAAGAGGUUGUCGAGGAAACUUUCCAACAGAAGAAGAAAAAGAAAAAUAAGAAAAAGCGAAGUAAAAACAAGAAAAGGAAGUGGAGUCCUGGUGACCAGUGCAGAGCUGUGUUUUCAGAAGAUGGUCUGAUAUAUGAUGCAGAUAUCUUAUCUGUUGAUGAAGAGACAUCCACAUGUUUUGUACGUUAUAAAGGUUAUGGAAAUGAAGAAGAACACAAUUUGUCAGAUCUUCUCUUGCCGACAGGAAGACUGCGCAAGCAGAAACUUGUGUCUGAUGUGGAGACUGAUAGUAUGGACUGGAGUGAUCGACCAAGUCCAGCACCACCAAGGUCAAAUCGGAGAAGUCAUAAGGCUGGGCAGUCAAGUUCAACACCAAGUAAUGCCUUUUCCUGGCCUGAAGCUUCUAUGUUCCUACCAUUUCAAGGAAUGGCACCACCACAGUUCCCGUUUUCGUCUAUGCCAACAUAUCCUGGGUUCCCGCCUGGUGGAUUCCACCAUCCAGCUGGUUUGCCGACAGUGCCCCCACCCCCACCACCCCUCGGAGAUAACCUGAUAGAGGGAGACAAUGAGGCCCUCUGUAGUAUGCUCAUGUCCUGGUAUAUGAGUGGAUAUCAUACAGGAUAUUUCCAGGGUUUACGUCAUGCUCGCCAGUCAGGAGUGUCCACAACAUCACAUUCUGAAUCUGGAAGAUAACAGGCUCUCACAAUUGGGUUUGUGGAAUGACAUGCCCUCACUACUGGUCUGUGGAACGACAUGCCCUCACAUCUGGUCUGUGGAACAAUAUGUCCUCAAUAGUUGUCCACAGAGUAAUGGUUGAAAUGAAAGCUUACUGUAUUGGGUGCAGCUAUCGACUUCCUUACUCCUAAGGAUAAGUUGGACAGUACUGUGGAAUCCUAGAGAACAAAGAUUGUGAUACAGGAGUUACAAUGCUAAGUGUAGUGUUUGGGAUCAGUGGAGGAAGAGUAUGGUGGUACAUGUAUAAAGAUACAUUAUGUAACGGGUAGCAUUAUAUCAGACUUGAUUAUAACAUCAGGAUUGCUGACAAUCAGUAUACUAUGACUUCAAGAAGACAAAAAAUACUCAUUCUUCUAACAUGGUCAAAAAGUUAUCUUGCAGCUGAAAACAUUUUUAAAAGUCUAGGGACAUUGGUGUAACAAAAGAAUCUUAAACAUCCAUAGAAUUAGUGCCACAUGAAUCUUGGAUGUGUUUCUUUGUAUAUGAAAAUAGAAGACUAAGACUGAAUUUCAGGAGACAUAUUUGCUGUUGUCAAUCAUUGAAGACCAUUAUAUUAUUAUAAUGUGAGGUGGGUAUAUUAGGGGGUGUGAUUAAAUGGCUUGCUGAGAAUGUGUGUAUCUGAUUUAGAGGAAUGCAUAAUCAGAUGAAUGUAAGAGAUUGAUCAUAUGGUGCUUUGUGUACAUGUAUAAUGAACAUUUUGUACAUUACUGUGUUUCUUUAAGAAUCCUCCAUGUUCGUUGGAAUAGUUCAAGACACAGCAAUAAAAUUGA